GGUACCAAAGGGGAGCUAACGCGCAUGAAUGUACACUAGAACCUGCUCCAGCCUCUAUGAUAGCGCCAGACGUGAUCGAGCCGUUGUAGAGUGAGGAUGGUGCGUGUGGUGGUGGUGGGCGGCGGUGUGAACGGGGUAGGAAGUGCCUUGGCCAUACAGCGCCGUCACCCGCAGUGCCAAGUAACAGUUGUGGCCAAAAGCUUCACGCCACACACAACAGGUGAUGGUGCUGCAGGCCUGUGGGAGCCUUACCUUUCCGCCAACACACCUGAUGACAAGGUUAUCCAGUGGUCGCGGGACACGUUUGAACUGUACGGUGAAUGGUAUCGCAAUGGAGAGGGGAAGGCUCGUGGGGUGUCACUGGUGCACGGGACAGGCCUCGCCAGCACCAAACAGCCCACCCCUUCCUGGCACACCAUCCCCAUAGGCUACAUUAACCUCUCCUCCGACCCGCGCCUCUACGGCCCUCAGUACCAGUCGGGCCAUCGCUUUACCACGUACACAGCCGAGCCCUCAAAGUUCCUCCCGACUAUGCUGGAAGAGGUGAAAGCGCGGGGUGGCCACUUGGAGGAGCUGUCCAUCUCGUCCCUGGAGGAGGCGGCAAGCGAGGCUGACCUUCUCAUCAACUGUAGCGGCCUGGGAGCGCGCGACCUGGUGCCUGACCCCUCGGUGUUUCCAUGCCGGGGUCAGGUGAUGAGGGUCCGAGCUCCGUGGGUGACGCAGUUUCUGAUUGAUGACUCCGAGGAAUCUUUCGCUUACAUCAUCCCAAACCAGGAGUCGGUGGUUCUGGGGGGCACACACCAAGACAACAACUGGAAUCUUGAAGUGGACCCUGAAGACACACAAACCAUCUGGAACAACUGUACUUCCAUCCUACCCUCCCUCAAGUCAGCCCAGGUAGUGCGGGAGUGGGUUGGUCUGCGGCCGUGUAGAAGCAAGGGUGUGAGACUGGAAGCUGAUGAACUCAAGCUCUUCAACCGGACCGUACCUGUGAUUCACAACUAUGGCCACGGCGGCUGCGGGGUGUCCAUGUUCUGGGGCUGCAGUCAGGAGGUGGCCAGCAUCGCCUCGCGCCUUAUACACCUCCGUCACGGUCCCCUCAGCAAACUUUAAACCAGAAAUCACCUCUGGAACACCUCCCACGUCAUUACUUUCAAAAGGUUCCAGUGACACGAGUUUUUAACCCCUUCAGUACCAUGGCAUGUCUUCAUAUUUAAGCCCAUAUUCUGAAACGCUUUGCUCUCUCACCAUCACUACUUUCCAAAGGGUCUAAUUGAAAGAUACUCCUGUUUUUUAAGGGUAUUUUUUAUGGUUCUAGUGAUGGAUUGGUAAGAUUUUUAGUCUAUCGUAAAGAGAAACUGUCUUGAUAACUCGGCUAGUUGUUUCUGUGGCCUUGGAAAACUGCCGUGGUGAGAGAAGAAGACAUUUCUGAAUACGGGUGUUAAUCUGGAUAUUAUUUGGUGAGUUUAUACAGCUUCAGAAACUCAUUUGGGGAUUAAAAUUGUGAAGACUGUGGACCAUUAAACUUCUGACCUCCAUAAACCCUUCCUAAUGUAAAUAAAAUCGUCUAAUCACACUACAAAACUCAUGGUAAAAAUGCGCCACAGUACCGAAGGGGUUAAUGAUGUUUUUGUGGCUUUAAGGACAGAUUGUUAAGGUUUGUGCACUAUGAAAUGAGGAAAUGGUUUUGAGAAGCUGGCUGAUCGUCUCCGUGGCCUUUGGAAAUAGUCGUGGUGAGAGAACAAAGGGUUUCCAGAGUCGGUUGUUUCAAAGUCUGGAUUCCAAGAUUAUAAGAGCAUUAAAACAAAAUAAGGUGUGUGUGUGUGUGUGUGUGUGUGUGUGUGUGUGUGUGUGUGUGUGUGUGUGUGUGUGUGUGACCAUAUUCUCAAACACUUCCGCUCCGCACUUCCACAACUUUCAAAAGGCUCUAGUUGAAGUUACACGAGUUUUCAAGGUUGGGUUAGGUUAUGGUUGUAGUGACAGAUUGAUAAGAUUCCCACAUUAUUAAUAGGAAACACUGCCUUGAGAUUCCUGCUAAUCGUCUCUGUGGGCUGUGAAAAGAGAGAGAGAGAUAGAUAGAUAGAUAGAUAGUGUGUGUGUGUGUGUGUGUGUGUGUGUGUGUGUGUGUGUGUGUAUGAAGCAAUCACAUCAAGGUAAUAAUGGUGUAUAGGUAGCCUUGUAAUGGUAUAUAUUUUUUCUUUAUUUUGACUGAGUACAUAAUCCCUCCACACACGCUUGUAUGUACUUGUAUACGCAUUGAUAAUAAAUACAUGAACACAAA